UUGAAUAUUAUUCGAAACAAACGAAAAUUAGUCAUACAAAUAAAUGGAUACUCUUUUUUUUAAAAUCAAUUUCAUUCCUUAAAUUGCUUGACUCAUGAGAAACACACUAACAAUUAAUUGGUGUGGUUUAUUCAAAGAAGUGUAUAUAAUUUUUUUAUAUUUAUUUUCGCCUAAUAAAUUUACAAUGAAAUUAUUCAAGAAUCGCCUCAUUGAAUGUGUGAUAUGCACAAAGGUUAUUUUCUCCAAGAAAUCUCGACUUCUUUGUUUUUUCAUCGAAUGUUUUAUUAUUAAUAUUUAAUCGAUUUGGCUACAAAAUUCAAUAUUAAAAAAAAAAACAAAUCGGAGAAAUGUAUGUUUUGCACAUAAAUAAAAUCGAAAAAUUGCAUGCAGGUGAUGAGAAAUGUGUUUGUCUGAUACAGUUUUCAUACACCGAAAUUCCCACUUUAUUUGAUCGAUAAAGACAUCACACCUACCUUUCUCUAUCUCUUUUAACAUAUAUAUAAUUACAUCAAAUAAAGACUCAUUUCAACGAGUAUUAGCCGGAAGAUUUUCUUUUUAAUUUGUUCAAUAAAUCGAUGAAAAAAAAAACUGGAACAAAAAAUUGAAAUUCUAGUAGAUCAACAAUUGUAGGUUGGACUGAAAUAAAUUAUUGAAUCGUUAUUAUAUACGCAUUUGAAUUGGCGUGAAUGUGAUAAUCCUCCACCGCAAUAGACAUUGUGUGUGUGUGUGUGUGUAUGUGGUUGUACUUGGGGAUGUGUAACUAUAUAUAUAUGUUUGUAAUUGUGUAUUUUCGUUAAUGUGCUAUGUCAACACAUCUAUUGAAUGUUUGUUUGGCUGUGUCCUGGUGUGUUUCUAACUAGGCCGUUAUUAAAAACGCACAAACGGAGGGUUUCUAAACAAAAUAUAAUAUACAAUACAUCGACUGAGUGUUAGUAGCAGACUAGCAAUGUGAUCAUCUCUGCAUUCGCUUCAAACUUACCGAAUUAAGCGAACGGCUUCAAAUUCAAAAUUAAACAAAAAAAAAACAACCGAAUCAUAACGUUGUAUCGGACUUCAUUCGAUAUUUACUUGUCUCAUAUUCAUUUUAACUUGAUUGCUUGUCGUUGACCAUUUCUGGAAAGACAGAAGAAGAAAAAAACGAAACAGUUUGCCAAAAAAAUAUGUGAUUUUACGCCAACGUAAAAAAAUAGAGAGAAUAGGCUUUCAAUGAUUUGUUUUUUUUUUUUGUUAAAAUUCUGUUCGAAAUUGUGUUUAAAUUAAGAAGAGUCAACCAAAGAAGUUGAAAACGAAAUAGUAGAUACAUUUUAGUUUGUAUUUAUGCAGCAUACUGUUUAGAGUUUAUUAAUUCAAAGCUUUUAUUUUCUGUCGUAAUUUUUGCGCUAGUUAAACUUUGAACGUUAUAUAAAAUAAAAAAGUACUCUGUGAAUCUCAAUAUAUAAAUUAGUUCAUUCCGUCAAGUGUUACAAUUAUUAAAAAUAAAAUCAAAAUGUUUUUGCUCAUUUUAAUGUUGAUUUUACUGGUUGGGCUACUUGCAAAGUUGGGCCUGCGAUAUAGAGAAGAUAAGCGAGUCAAGUUGGCUCGUGAAGAGAUGCCUGGUAAAGUGGUAGUGUUAACCGGUGCUAAUACACCAUUGGGCGAAGCAUUGGCCAUUUCAUUUUAUGCUGCAGGCGCCAAGUUGGUAUUGGUUGGACCGGAUCAGACGGAUCUCGAGCGUACGAGAACGCAUUUGUUUUCAUUGCGGCCAAAAAAUGUGCCCGUUUAUCAACCUGAAGUGGUCGCAAUGGAUGCAUCGAGCCCAACGGAAUUUUCAGCACAGGAAGUGGUCGCAGAAAUCAUGGAAACAUGCGGUCAAGUAGACAUUCUAAUAAACAAUUCAAUGACUGAGGUGCGUUCCGAUAUACUGUCGACCAACAUUGAAGAGGAUAUUCGCGUGAUGAAUGUUAAUUAUUUUGGCGUGAUUGCAUUCGUUAAGUCAAUGUUGCCAAGUAUGGUCGCAAGAAAAUCGGGAAAAGUUGUUUUUGUGAAUAAUGUAGCAGGUAAAAUAGCAAUACCAUUUCGUUCAUCAUUUGCUGCUGCUGAACAUGCCCUUCAAGCAUUCGCCGACACUCUACGCGCUGAAAUGGCUCUGUACAAAGUUGACGUACUCGUUUCUAAUCCCGAAUACUAUGCAACUGAAGCAGUUGAAAAGAAGAGCGCAAAAAAAGUAGCAGAAAAAAAAGAUGGUGAAAAAGCAGCACCAGUGGAUCCAACACAACAAUUAGCCGAUGACAUUCUAUUGGAGGUGUUGAAGGAUAGCGACGAGCAUAUGUACUUUUCGUUUAGAUUUUCUCACUGGUUGAGUGUGUUAGUGCCCGGCUUUUACUACUUUAUGCUGGCAGCACGUACCAAGAAAUUAUAUAAGUCAGAACCAAAUCUACGACGAUUUUAAAACAACAACAAAACUACAUUUCACACACGUUUCGUACCAAUAUGUUUUGCAAAAUUCAUGAAAACAUUCAUGUGUUUUUGAAUACAAUCAAUUCUUUAUUCGUAUGCACAUUAAUAAUUAUUUUAUAAAUUUAAAAACUCUCAUGAGUUGGCAUUGUUCAAAAAGAGCUUCAAGGUUUUUAAUUUGAAAUAGAAAAAAAUGUUGGAAAACUA